CUCGGUGCGCAGGCGCACGCGUCUCGGUGAGGGGGGAAAUGCGCCGCAGACGCUUAAACAGGAGCGAAGCAGGAGGAGUGAGCGAGCGAGUGAGGGAGGCCUGUAUGGACCCUUGAAGUCGUUCAGGCCAUCCGCCUUGUCUCGUCCUGAGAGCAGCCCUCCCCCCCGGCCAUGAGAGCUCAACGGUCCCGGCUCGGCUCCAUCGACUCCUAUCGCGGGUGUGGGCCACGCUCCCGCUCGCCCUCCCCGCGGGGUCACCGCAGCUACCACCACCACCACCACCAUCGCUCCCCGCCUAGCCGUCGCUCUUCCCAUCGUUCGUAUCGCUCGCCUUCCCCGCGCCAUUUCAGCAGGAGAUAUUCGCCCUCAUAUUCUCCAAGGGAGCGCUCACGUUCUCCAUGCCGACGUUCUGAAUCUUCAGUGGAAAAAUUCUUGCGGGCCGUAGUUGAAAAUGGCCAGGAUGGUAUUGGCACAAACUCACCAGCUAAUAGUCUGAGCAAUGUAAACAGGGAUGACUUGGCUGAUGGUCAAGUAUUCAGCAGAGCCCUUUCACAUCCUCGGAAUCUUGAUAGAGGUUUCUUUCGUGAGGAGAAUCCUUCAAGACCAUUCAGCAUGAGACAUGAUGAGGACUCUUAUAAUAGGGACAUUUUCAUAGCUCAACUGGACCGAAGCAUAAACAGUGAAUUUCUACAGCAUCAAUCAAGAGAAAAUAAGAGGGGUGGGGAGCAAGAAUCAAAAUACUUUCAAUAUGACAGAAAAGAUAGACUCUUUGAUGAAAGCAUAAAAUCUCGGGCUUUAUUGGCAGAAACAGAGAAGUAUUGUAAACAAAGCCUUAAUAGAAGCCCAAGCCUGAUAUACAUGGAUGAAGAUUUUUGUAAACUUGAAAGAAUUAGGAGAAAACGAGAAGAGGAUUUGCGAAGCAGUAACAUUAGUACUGACAACCCAAUUCUUGAUUCAGCUAAUCAAGAACAGUCUUCUGAAUCUCGACACCAUUCUAGAUCUGAGAAAACAUCAGCAGUGCCCUUUAAAUCUAUACUGAAGAAACGUUCAGAUGAUUCUUCUAUACAGGUCUCUGGAAAUUUUUCAAAGGGGAAGAAGCCUCCUGAGUCAGCAUCAGAAUCUGUCAAUCAAUAUCGUGACUUCCUGCAGCCUCAUGAAAGAGCUAGUCAGGAUGGAAGUGGUUUUUCAUGCAUUCUAGGUACAACAACUGAUUCUACUUAUGUUCCAGAAAAAAUAUUGGAUCCCUUCCCUGAUAAUAUAGAAGAUGAAGAGAAAUUUCUUUAUGGUGAUGAUGAUGGUGAUUCAAACAACUGUCUCUACUCUCAAAAGAUAAUGAUGAGUGAAAAGAAAGAACCUGUAAGUGAGAAAGUAAAUUCUCUACCUCCUGCAAAACCAGAGAAUUUGGAACAGUCUGUAAAACCAGAGAAUUUGGAACAGUCUGUAAAACCAGAGAAUUUGGAACAGUCUGUAAAACCAGAGAAUUUGGAACAGUCUGUAAAACCAGAGAAUUUGGAACAGUCCAGAGUGGAAUAUGAAAAGAUCCGUGACUUGCUUAAAACUAUUGGUUUGGAUAUUGGAAUGGCUGAAAUAGAUAAGCUUGCUGCUCGCACAGAAGAAAGACUUCAUGGGAAAAAAACAGCUUUUUCUCAUCAUCAUUCAGUGGUAAAUCAUAAAGCAAAAUUGUGGGAGAGGCAGAAACAUUCUCUAUCGUCAUCUGAUUCUUUUCCAUCACCUGAAGCUGUGUCUCCUGUUUUAAAAUCUGACUAUAAUAACAUUGCUAUUUCAGGGCAAAAUAAACCUACUGACAUGUGCAAGCAAUCUGGUGUUCCAGCAUUUUUAAUCCCAUCAGCUCCACCUUCUUUUCUUCCACCUCCUGGGCCCAUCUCUGGUUUCUGUCAUAAUGUUCCAUAUGUCUCUUCAUUUACUCCAACUCAGUUCUUCCCAAACUCUGCUGCUCUCCCAGCCUUACCUGUCUAUGAUGUAUACCAGCACAAUAUGGGUUAUACAACUUCUGACUGGUCUGCUCAGCAAGUGGGCUCUGUAUGUCCAAAUAAACCUGAGGUUGCCAUGCUAAGAAACAAAUGUACAAAUCCCAACCUCAGAAUCAUUAAAACAAUUACCAUCAGCAAUUCCAAGCAACUUCAAGAUGCUUCUACCACUGCUCCUUCAUGUCAGCAGCCUCAGUUAUCCAAGUCAUCUAAAAAAAAGGCCAGGCGAAGAAUAAAAGUAAGUUCUGUGGAGCUCAAAGUAAUAGACGAAAGAAGAAAGUUGGAGCUUGAAAAAGAAUCGCAACAUAAGAAACUCUUUUAUCUGAAGAUUGAAUUAGAUAGGCUUUCAAAACUGCAAGUGGAGAUGCUGCAGAAGAAACGAAAAGAGGAGGACCCUUUGCUUGUGGAACUGAGCAGAGUAAAAGAAAACACUGCAAACAAAGUUGCUGAACUGGAAACGAAUAUGAAAGCUUUAAAGGAGAAACAGGGCGAACUUGAUAAAGUAAUUCAUAGCCUAAAGAUGAAUCAUUUUAAAAAAGACCAGAAAUUAUCUUCAGAAGACAACCCACAAAAAAAUCCCCAAAGUGAAGAGAGAACUUUUAACUCAAUCUAGUCAUAAGGAAGUGAUUGUUUACCUGGAGUAAGAACAGAAACCAGCAGAAGAAAAAUCCUAAAGGACUGUCCCAUUCCUGACCUGACUAGAGGUUAGAAGCUGUGGUAAGGUUUUGAGAUGAAGACUACAAUUCUAGAGAAUAUUUUUAUUCUGUCAUGAUUUCAAGCACUAUAUUUUAUUCAGAUUUAUUUUAUGUUUCAAGAAAAGUAAAAAAAAGUUAAGAAAUUUUGUCUCUUGGCUCAUUAAAUAUCAAUAUGAUAUAUUUUAUCAAUGGCAUCUCCUCAAAGAAGAUAGUAAGUUCUAUAUUUUCUGAAUAGCUGAAAGUUUCCUUAAAUUAGAGAUAAUCUGAAUGGUUACUGCAACUUAAUUUUCAGGUUGCAAUUAUGAGAACAUUUGAUUAAUUUUUGUUGAUUGAUUGCCACAGCUCUCAAAAUGGAUCUUUUAAGAACAUUUUAAAAGAACACCGCAUUAUUCUAUGAGUACAUUGUAUGGCAUUAUACUCUAAGAAAGAAGUCAUAGUGGCAUAUUUAUUUCCCUCUGGCCAGAAAAAAGUGUUUUUCUAAAAAAAAAACUUAUUUCUUCCUAACAUUUACAAACACAAAUCUCCACCAUUGGAAGCCUUCAGAAAACUUUAGUGAGUAAAACAUAUCUUCUCUGUUGUUUUUUUUAAUGUUCUAUUAGUUUUUGCUGAAACGUUCUUCACAAUUUUAAGCUCAGCUCUAAGUAAAUAUUUAAUCUUCCAGUAGGCUUUGGAGCAUUUGGAAAACAAAACAUGUCAUAGAGCUUUGUUUUUACACUACUUCCUUGAAUGUAAUGUAAAGACAAACAUGGAAAUUUUAAGAAAUUUUUAAAACAGAUAAAGGAGAUGGUUAUUUUGAAAGAUUUUUUUUUUUGGCAAAAGUGCUUUAAAUACAUUGGAAUUAAAUUAGCCAAAAGAACUACACAUUUGUGGGAAUGUUUCUUGUUUAGUAUUAAAGAAUGUAUAUAAUUGGUGGAUUGCACAAAACAAAAAAUAACAGUAAGCCAGACUAUGAAACUGAUUGUAAUUAUAGAGUUGAUGUUGAAUAUAAUUAAGUGCUAUUAGGGAUGGAAGCACAAAAAGACAAAAAUAUAGGAAGCUUGCCUUUAAUUUUCUCUUGUUUAAGACACUUUCAUUUUUUGAUUAUAAUAUAAUGAUAACCAUCAGAAAACAGCAAGAAUGGAGGAGAGGAGAGGAGAUCACUAGAACAACCUGCAGGAAUUACACCAGGUUUGCUUCAGAAAUAAUUUUAGCAAAUGGGCAAAUAAGAUAGAAUCACCUGAUACUAAAUUGACAGCACUUAAGAAAAAAAUAGAUAAAAAACUUGUAAAGAGGAAAGAGGAGAUGAAAGAAGAAGUCAGGAUGAUGGAAGGUGCUGUAACAAAUGUCUGGAGAGAUAAAACAAAUCAACGACAAAGUAUACAUUUUAGAGAGAAGGACAGAAGUUCCUGAGGGUGUUGGAAAGAGAACUAGAUAAUCUGGCUAUAUUUGAUUAGCAGAAUACAAAUUUGUUUUAGGACUUAGAGCAAGGCCAUAGGAUUCUAGUGAAGAUAUUAGAGAGAUUAUUAAAGUCCUGGCAAUUUUUUGGGAUUGGGCAAAGGAGUAUAUAGAGACAUAAAUUGAUAAAAAUGUAUAGAAUAAAUUCAAUCUUUGCAAGAACAAGAAAUGUUCUAAGAGAUGCUUUUGGCACUUUGUCAGGAAAAAAAAGGAUUAAGUUUUGCAUUAAAUAUUGGCAAUAUAGAUAUAGUUGCUCUUAAAUUACUAUCAUAACUGUGCAAGAGAAAGGUGUAUUUUUUUGACUGAGAGAUUAAAACAGAAAAGGAUCCUAUUUUGAUGGAACAAAUUGGAAGAUACAAAUUUUACUUUUAAAUAACAGAGAUUUUAGUUGAAUUCUGUCCAGGAGGUGUGGAAAUUUCUAGAAAAAUUCUAAGAAGAAUUGAGAUUCAAAUGAAAGUGUCAAAGAAGACACAAAAACUGCAACUAGUCCAAGAGGAAACUGAAAGGGAUGGUACUGGAUUAGGUGUUACAAGUAUUUUUUCUAAUUUUUUCAUGUGAUUAUGUAUUACAAGAGAUUAAAGUAAAAUAUAAAUGUAGCAAAUGCUCCCCAAAAGUUAAAAAAAGUCGUUAUUUGAAAAAAAAUAUAAAACAAUAUAAUUUGGCUACAAAAGACACAUAUUGGAAAAGAUAUGGAGUUUUCCCUCUCCCUUCUCACAGUUUUUGAGACAUGUUGUAUGCACACAUUUUUGAAAGAAGGAUCUCUUGCUGUUUGGUUUGGAUGAAAGAGUAAGUGUUCUUAGUGUUGAGAAAUAAGGCUUUUGAGUUAAAAGGACAUGACAUGAGAUCAAGUUGGCAGGGAUAUUUGUGAUACAGUAAAGUUGAAGUUAAUUGGAUUUGAAAAAUAAUUGUUAUUUAUGCUAUAUUCAGAAUGGAAGAGAUACAAAUCCAGGUUGUGCUCAAAAACAUCUUCCUGGCUCUUAGCAUAACAAACAUCUUAUAGACAAGAAAUAAUAGGCAAAUAAAUUUGGCUAAUUUAUUGUGAGAUACUAAUAUUGUAUUGGGAAGAAUGUAAAAUAAAGAAGAACUAGUGGCAGAGGGACAAUGGUUUUCUUAUAUACAAUUACCAAAAAGAUUUAAAGUAGAUAAAAGAACAUCAUAAGGCUGAAUUUGAAAUAGAAUUGUGUACAAAUGAUGAACACGUAAUUGCUAAAAAGUGUAAACUUUUAUUGAGAUGUGAAAUAGAAGAACAAUUUCUGGAAUGUUUGAUAAAAGUGGACUAAAAUUUUAAUUAUAAACAAAUGAAACAAUGGGAAAACAUGUGGUUGAAAGGAUUGAAAUUUAUACUAUGUUAUAAUCUUAAAGAUAUUUUUUAUACAAUGAUGUUUCAUAAGUAUAUGUCACCGGAAAAAUUGGACAUGUGAACAAGAAGAUACAUUGUUGGUGGAUAUGUAAAAGAGCUGGAAUAUUAAGACUUUUCUUUUGGAAUUGAUGGUCAAACAAUUGGAAAACAAUCUUAGAAAUUUGUUUUUGUACUUGAUAAAUGCAGCAAAGUUAUUGUAUGCACAAAAAUAGAAAGAUUCGGCAUUACUCACAAUGGAAGAAUAUUUGAUAAAGACAAUGGAACUUGCUGGUAUGGCAAAAUUGUUUAACGAAAAGACAAUUUCUAUGUUUACUGCGGACAAGAAACCCCUUACGGACUUUUUCUGCAAAAAGUAAACGUAUGAUUUGUGGUUUUUAAUGAUACAUUAUAGAAAGAAUAGAAUUAAAUUGUAACUAUAGAGUGAGAGUAAAUUUAUUAAUGUAGCUAUACAAGUAGUUCUCAACUUAAGAUCACAAUUGGGGCCAGAAUUUCUGGUGCAGUCAUAAGUCAUCAAGUGACUAGACCAGAUUUUAUGACCAUUUUUAUGGUGGUCAUAAAACAAAUCAUUGUGGUUAUUAAGCAAAAUCACAUGGUUGUUAAACAAAUUCAGCUUCCAUAAUUGUUUUUUGUCAGAAACCAACUGGGAAGGUCGGAAACCACAGUCACAUGCUCAUAGAAUGCUGUAUUUGGUCAUAAAUGUGAGACAGUUGCUAAGCGUCUGAAUUGUGAUCACAUGAUCAUGAGGGUGGUACAAUGGUCGCAAGUGUGAUAAAUAAUUUUUUCAAGGCUAUCAUAACUUUGAAUUGUUGUUAAAUGAAUGUCAUAAGACAUGUACUAUCUGUAACUGCUAUAAAGAAGA